AUGAAUUUGCAUGAAUUCGAGGAUUGUGUUGGAUUGACAGAAGUCACAUUUACAUCAGAUAGCACAACUAUUUCAGGAUUUAUGUUCUCAGGAUGCACAUCAUUAGAAACAAUUGAUUUAGGUGGUGUUACAACAAUUGCUAACUUCUCUUUCCAAAAUACAAAACUAACUAAUUUAGAUCUUAAAUCUGUUACAACUAUUCAAUACAAAUCAUUCUUCAACAGUAAAAUUCAACAUUUAACAAUUAGUACUGAUUUGUCUUCAAUUGAUCUAACAUCAUUCAAAGGUUGUUCACAACUUAAUCAGAUCACACUUGGAAGCAGCAUCACUAAAUUUGAUUUACUUGGUUUUGAAGAUUGUCCACCAAUCACAUUUGAUUUACAAACUACAGCAUUAAAGAACGAAAACAACAUUAUAACGAAAGAUACACCAUUAGUUUACAUUGGUUCAGGAGUGAAUUCUAUUCCUUCUACUAUCACAGAAAUCGGGAAAAAUGCACUCAUUCAUAGCACAAUUACAAAAAUUAAUAUUGAUCGCGAAAUUUCAUUUUCAUCAGGUUUCAGCAACUUUAAAUCACUUAAAGAAGUAACAAUCAGUGGAAUUAAUAGUAUUCCAUCAUAUGCAUUCUAUAACUUUGUUAAUUUAGAAACAGUUUCACUUCCUUCAACAGUUACAAGUAUUGGUGAUUAUGCAUUUUAUAACUGCAAACUCUUAUCAACUAUCAACUUAGAAUCAGUCAAAAAUUUUGGAAAACAUUCAUUUGAAAAUUGCAUCAAAUUAACAACACUUAAUUUCACGGCCGCAACAUUUGAUGAAUAUUCAUUUUAUAACUGUGUAUCACUUAAAAGUGUUGGAUUUAUUUCUGAUUCAGAAUCUCACACAUUUAAAAAAUACUGUUUCUCAAGAACAGGUAUAGAAAAAUUUGAACUCGAAAAUGGUAAUUAUGAAGAAGGAAUUUUUUCUUAUGCUGAAAAACUUCGAAUAGUUAAAAUUAAAGUAGGUUAUAGUAUUGGUAAAGGUAUGUUUGAACACACUUCAUUGCGAGUUGUAGAUAUUAAAUUCACUUCUAUUGAUGACUUUGGAUUUGCUUUCAUUCCUAAGCUAACUUUAUUUAUUAUCCCAGAUGAAUGCACCGAAAUUUCAUCGCUUGCAUUUCUUGGUUCUGAAAAUGUUCAAUUUAGAUUCAAAACAUGUAAGCAUCCUGUAUUUAUGCUCGGAAAUCAUGAGCUAAUUGAUAAAAGUACCAAUAAACUCAUUCUAACUUAUGGAAAACUUCCUUCAACAUAUGUUAUUCCUGAUUAUGUUUCAAUUAUUGAACCAAAUUCUAUUCAGUCUCUUCCUAAAUAUUCCGCUGAUGGAGAAGUUGAAGACUACGGUGUAACUACUUUAGUUAUUCCUAAUUCAAUUUAUUCAUAUGGAUCAAGGCCAAUAUUAGGAACAUAUACACCAUAUCUUCAUAAUCUUUGCUAUGGACCUAAUGCCCAAAUGUAUAAAUUUGUUUUCAAUACUGUUCAAAACUUUUAUGUUUCAGAGUCAUUUCAUGACCCAUUUUGGAAACACCAGGAUUUUCAGGUGAAUGGUCUUGACAUAGCUCAUGAAAAUGCCAUAGCACCAGUAAUUAGAGGUGAUUGUGAUUCCUCAGUUCCAUUUGAGAACUAUGCAAAGGAUGAUUAUUCUUCAUCUAGAAAUGAACAACAAGAAUAUAUCGAAUUUAAUAAUGAUCAACAUCUUUUAUCAUCUAAUGAUUGUGAAGUUGCAAUUAUCAACAUUCCAGAUAAAGAAGAAGAGGAGGAAGAGGAAGAAGAAAAUAAACCAAUUGAAUCCUCAAGCAGCACUCAAAAUCAACAAAGUAAUGUUUCUACAUCAACGGAAACAACUUCAAGUGGAAAAAUCAUUUUUGAUAAUCCAGAGAUAAAAUCAGUGUCAUCAUUAUUACUUAUAUUGAUUAUUAUUGCAGCUAUUGAGGUCAUUUUAAUUUGUUCAAUGAUUAUACUUAUCAUCAUUAAGCGUAAUGAAGAAGAUAGUUCUACAUCUGCAAUCGAACUCGACGUCGAAAAAGUUGAAGCAGCAAAUGCUGAAACGGAACUUAUAUUAACUAAUGAAAAUCCAAUAUUUUCAAUGCAGAUGUCAGAUGAUCCAUUUGCAGCAGAUUUUAUGGAUUCUAAACAAGAUGGUUUCUAUGGAAAUGUGGGUACUUCUCUUGAUUAA